AUGGCGAAGGAGGUGCGCUGGUAUCAUCUCAAUGAGUAUGACACCCCAGUUUUGCUGUAUAAAGACCACCACAUCCAGGACCAUCCUAGCAACCCUCAAUACAAGGGCAGGGUGUCCCUAAAUGAGAACCUUGAGAAUGGGAACGUUUCCCUGAAACUGGAGAACCUCACAGUGGCAGACAGUGGAGAGUACAGGUGCCAUGUUAUAAGUGACAAGUGGUAUGAGGACACAAAUGUUCACCUAACAGUAAAGGCAAUGGGAUCCAUUCCAGUGAUGUCAGUAAGUAUGUCAGCAAGGGAACAGGUGAAUGUGACAUGUGUAUCAGGUGGCUGGUCCCCUGAACCCACUCUAAUCUGGGCAUCUGAAGACAGAAGCAUAAUAGGUAGAAAUGAAGAUAAUCUCUUCACCAAAAAAGGUGCUGAUGGUUUGGUGAGCGUGAGCUCCUGGCUGCUGGUCUCCCCCUCUGAGUCUGAGUGGGUCUCGUGCUCUGUGGGUUUGUCUGAUCAAGACAGGAGAGAGAGCAAAGUCAUACCACACGUCCACUCUGAUCUGCAGCAGACAAUGACCAAUGGAAUCAUCCUAACAGUUAAUCUGGCUCCGACCAUGUUGAUAGCAGUCUCACAUCUGUGUUUUGUUGUCUGGCUAUACAAAAGAAAAGAUAGGCAGUUAGCUGAAGUCACCACAUCGAUGACAGAAACAAUUGCUCUCAAUCGACUACUUUCUCCAACAAAUGAUCAACCAGAUGUCACCACCACACAACCUUCAGUUCCUGAAUCAUCUGUCCAUGAUCCUGGAUCUGAGGAAGGGGAGUUUUCCGCCAGCUGGGGCAAAACCAAAAUAAUCCCACCUGGUUAUGUAAGUCGUUGCAGACUACAGUGCAAUGCUCUCACUCAUUUGGAAUGUAUCUACUCCUCACCUAUAUCCUUGGGUGGAAAACUGAACUCUAAUGUGCUGUGUUGUGGUUCUAUUCUACAAGAUUCUCAAGAAAACUCAUCGCAACACCAUUUCAGCCACAAAGGAGUUGAUCAAAAGCCCGAUGUCAUAGAAAUUCCAGGCUUAAUCAAAUGUCCAGAAUUCCUACAAUCCCCCAAAGAAGCAGAAGAAGCAACUCCUCUUACAGAGUCUGCAAAAAUAUCAGACACAGGAGUUGGUACAGACACUGAAGUCAUCCAGAUUAAGGACUGGGCCACAUUGGAGACAAUAAAAGUUACUCUGACCUUGGACCCAGCAACUGUUCCUCAUUUUCUGACACUCUGUGACCAUGGGAAAACCGUGACGUGGUCGGGACAAGAAGACAUUGUUAAGAUCGAAACAUUGUUUCCUUAUGUUUUGUGUAAAGAGCGUUUCAGCUCAGGAAAGCAUAGCUGGGAGGUGUUUGUGAAAGGGUGCUGGUGUGUUGGAGUGUGCAGAGAAUCACCGAGGGGACACGGAGUGUGUUGGAGUGUGCAGAGAAUCACCAAGGGAACACGGAGUGUGUUGGAGUGUGCAGAGAAUCACCGAGGGAACACAGAGUGUGUGGGAGUGUGCAGAGAGACACUGAGGGGACACAGAGUCCCUUUAACCCCCGAGAAUGGCUUCUGGGUUCUACAGCAUGAGGAAGGAAGUGGGCUACGCACCAACACUGAACCCCCGUUUAUGGUGGAUGCCGAAGAAGUCCCAGAAAAACUUGGAGUGGUUCUCAACUGUGAAAAUCACACCCUCUCAUUUUAUGACGCAGACAGUGGACAUCAUCUUUGUCUGUUUAGAAUAAUACACAAUACCACAUUCAUUCCUGUUAUCAGCCCUGGAACUUCAGAUAAAGGUCGCAUAGAAUUGCUCAAGGAACAAACAGGCAGUGGCUCAAGAGGUGAAGGAGUCAUCCUGCAACCGGAGGGGUUGCCAGAUUGAGCCUCACUCCUCCUUACCCUGUCAAAGUGUCCUUGAGCAUGGUGUGGUAGUCGUGUGUGAGCAUGCGUGGCCGUCCAUGUGUGUUUGUGUGUGUGUGUGUGAGAGAGAUAGAGAGUGGUAAUGUGGUUGUCGUGAUGAUGAUUUGGUGAGGUCAUCACCACAUUUUUGCAUUUACAUUUUUCACUAGAUCUUUUUUCUCCAUUGGCUAUAGGUUGAUGUGACUCCAUCAGACCAACAUACAACUAAAAAUGUGUCAUUUUGGGCGCAGCGGUUUUCGAGUUAUUUAGUAAGAACUUAUGCAUGUGUGCAUAAGUGUGUGUGUGUGUGUGUGUGUCUGUCUUUCUGUCUGUGUGUUAGUGAGAGAGAGAGAAAUGCACUGUUUCAGUCUAGUCUUUCCUUUGCUGUUAACAUGCUGGGUCAUUUCUGCUGAAGAACACAAGGUAUCACUUUCACUAUUACAGGAAAGAGAUUAUUGAACAUCUACGCACAGUAUCUAUCACAACAAGGAUGUCUGUUAAGAGAGCAUUACACGAAUGACACAUUUCCGUAAUAUAUGUUUCUGUUUAUGUUUAUGGUAUUUGGCAGAGAUUUUUGUCCAAAGCGAUUUACAGUGAAUAUUGUAUUAUUCAAACACAAUAGUUAUAACAUAAUAAACAUAUGCA